AUGACCAUUUCUCAGUGCCUUGUUGACGGGCUUUCUAUCUAUAAGCUUCUGUGCACUGCUGCGUCUCCUGGCGAAGCAUUGGCCAAGAGCUCUUUCGCCUGUUCGUUUCCCGUCGAGGGCUUCUCGGCCGGUCUGGUCGACGACGAUAACAUCUUUGAGAGACUCUCUAGUAAGGCUACGUCCAAGCAUUUGUUUGUCAAAAGGACAGGACUCUUUCUCAACUCUCAGGAACAGGAGAAGAUGCCAAAAUCCUCAUGCAGCAAGGACGAGGGUGGGUUCUACAAGGCUACCAUGACUUUUCCCGUCGACUACCCAUUGAUGCCCCCAAAGCUCAAGUUUGUCACUGAUAUGUACCACCCCAACGUCUACCCCACCGGCGAAGUCUGCAUUUCUAUCUUGCACCCCCCUGGCGAGGACAAGUACGGAUAUGAACAAGCAAGCGAACGUUGGACUCCCGUUCACACUGUCGAGACUAUUCUUAUCAGUGUCAUCUCUAUGCUUUCAAGCCCUAACGAUGAGAGUCCCGCCAAUAUCGAGGCUGCUAAAGAGUGGCGCGAGAACUACCCCUCAUUCAAGAAGAAGGUCCAGCGUAUCGCUAGACGCUCUGCCGAAGAUUUUUAA